AUGGCAUCAACCACUGCUGCUCCGUCGACCACCAAGAUGCAACUGGUCGGGUUCAAGAACUUUGUGCGCCACAACCCCAAGUCGGACCGGUUCACCAUGCACAAGUUCCACCACGUCGAGUUCUACUGCCAGGAUGCAACUAACGUGUCCAAGCGCUUCGGGUGGGGCGCCGGCCUCAACUUGGUUGCCAAGUCAGACCAGAGCACGGGCAACCACGCGUACGCCAGCUACGUGAUGCAAUCCGGCGACCUGCAGCUCGUGAUCACGGCGCCAUACUCGCGCCAGAACCAAAAGACCACGUCAACGGCGCCGCUGCCCCACUUCGACGUGCCUUUUGCCCAUGAAUUCUGCGCCAAGCACGGGCUGGCUGUCCGGGCGAUGGGCAUCUCCGUGGAAGACGCCAAGGCUGCGUACGACAUCUCCGUGGCCAACGGCGGCGAGGGCGUGACCCCCCCGCAAGAGCUCACGGACGCCGCGACCGGCCAAGUGUCUGUCGUGUCCGAGGUCAAGCUGUACGGCGAAGUGGUGCUGCGCUUCGUGUCUGGCAACUUUGCAGGUCGCUUCCUCCCUGGCUAUGAAAACGUCGAAGGCCCAGAUGUGAGCAUUGGCCUCCAGCGCCUCGACCACGCGGUGGGCAACUUGCCCAACUUGCUCGAGGCCAUGGACUACGUGUGUGGGUUCACUGGCUGGCACGAGUACGCCGAGUUUACGGCGGAAGACGUAGGCACAGUCGACUCGGGACUCAACUCGAUGGUGCUGGCAAACAACACAGAGACCAUCCUAUUGCCUAUGAACGAGCCUACGUUUGGCACCAAGCGCAAGUCUCAGAUCCAGACGUUCUUGGAGCAAAACGAAGGCCCGGGCCUCCAGCACAUGGCGCUCAAGACCAACGACAUCUUCCACACACUGGCCGAGAUGCGCAAGCGUACGCACUUGGGCGGGUUUGACUUUAUGCCCAAGCCGUCUGCCGCGUACUACAAGAACCUCCCGGCGAAGAUUGGCGACGUGUUCACGGCGGCGCAGUACGAGAAGAUCGAGCAGCUCGGUCUGUUGGUGGACAAGGACGACCAAGGCAUUUUGCUGCAGAUCUUCACCAAGCCAUUGGGCGACCGCCCCACGUGCUUUUUCGAAAUCAUCGAACGAGUCGGAUGCAUGGAAGAGAUCGGUGGGCGAUUGGAACAAGCCGCGGGCUGCGGCGGGUUUGGCAAGGGCAAUUUCUCGGAACUGUUCAAGUCCAUUGAGGAAUACGAGCGCACGUUGGACGUCUAG